AUGAAGAGGGGGAACCAGAGCAGUGUGUCUGAGUUCAUCCUCCUGGGGCUCCCCAUCCAGCCAGAGCACCAAGGCAUGUACUAUACCCUGUUUGGGGCCAUGUACCUGACCAUGAUGCUGGGGAACCUGCUCAUCAUCCUGCUCAUCAGGCUGUACUCUCGCCUCCACACCCCCAUGUAUUUCUUUCUCAGCCACUUGGCUUUCACAGACAUCUCUUUCUCAUCUGUCACAACUCCAAAAAUGCUCAUGAAUAUGCAGACUCAGCACCUGUCCAUGCCUUUUGAGGGGUGCAUUACUCAAUUAUAUUUUUUCUUGCUCUUUGUAGCUGUUGACAAUUUUCUUCUUGGAGUGAUGGCAUAUGACAGGUAUGUGGCCAUCUGUCACCCACUGCACUACAUGGUUAUCAUGAGGGAGGAGCUUUGUGACUUAUUGGUGGCUGGAUCUUGGUUCCUCUCUUGUAUGCGUGCCCUGCUGCACACCCUGCUCCUGUCCCACCUGUCCUUCUGUGCUGACAACACUAUCCCCCACUUUUUCUGUGAUCUUAAUGAACUCAUGAAGCUGACCUGCUCAGACACUUCCCUCAAUGAGAUUCUCAUCUUCUCUGAGGGUGGUGUGUUGACUCUCCUUGCAGUGGGUUCUAUUUUGGGCUCUUAUAUCUGCAUUGGUUUUACUGUCCUGAAGGUCCCCUCCACCAAGAAGAUCUGCAAAGUUCUGUCCACCUGUGGCUCUCACCUCUUCUUGGUGUUUUUGUACUAUGGGACUCUUGCAAUUAUUUACUUCUUUCCUUCUUCAAGUAAUUCCCAAGUUAAGGAAAUAAUUGCUUCAAUAAUGUAUACAGAGGUGACACCCAUGCUGAACCCCUUCAUCUAUAGCCUGAGGAACAGAGACAUGAAAUUAGCUCUGGGAAUUCUUUGGAGAAGAGUUUUAGCCAAGUAA